UUCAAUGUAACAUUGUAUAUAAAGGAUAAUCUAAUCUAAUCCUUAUAAACAUUGAAGAAAGUACAAAAGAAAGAGAUAUAGACUGCCAUCUACUGCAGUGGAUGUGAAAUUACACUUUAUUCUAGUACGGCAAAUCAUGUUCUUCAGGGUCUCAAACGCCCCCCGUCCCCCACUACCCCCAUUUUGGCCAUCAAUUCGUGUGAUUAAAGACCUAAAUAUUCAGUCUCGGCAGCACAAACAUUUGAAAACCGUUGUUAACUCAUUCUAUGCCACUGACGGCUGUUGAAUUCAAAUAUCCAUGUUACCAUGGAGGACUGGCGCUAUGUUUUGGCAACUGAAAUGUCACUUUCGCUAGCCUUUGCGGUGGACAGAGUAACUACACCCCGGUGUCUCGAGCUUCGAGUAUGUUCGGUGAGUGCUCAAUAGGCGUAAUAAAAACCUAGUUUUUAGCUAAAGUAUAGUUGACAACUUGCUGGAAAUGACGGGAAUGUGUUACAUAACAUAUAAACAUUGCAAAUAUGAAUUUUAACUGCCCCCAUAACAUGUUUGUCCUCUGACCUUUAAAGUGGAAGUUUUUGUAAACAAAAACAUUCCAAAAAUCAGGAGGCCAGCAAGUGGUCAACUUGCACAGUUAAGAUACAGCAUUUUUAGUCACUUUUAGAGAUUUCUAUGAAUUGGGAUAAUUGUACAACGCUAUCACGAGUAGGGCUAAACAUCCAGCACUCAGAUUACUUUGAUUGCGAUGCUUAAUUCAAAAAUAAAUUUUGAAACAAGCCAGAACAGACUUUAUGAGGACUGCUAUACUGUACCACUUGAUGAAACCGUCGAAAGCGGUGAUUCCCAACCACCGUGCCACAGCGCAUUAGUGUGCCGGGAGAGAUCAUCAGAUGCGUUACGGGAAAUUAUUCAAUUUCAUUUCAUUGGUCCGAGAAUUAGAAUUUAUUACCUACAAAUACUGUAUUUUUGGUAAUCUUUUUAUGCCAGUGACAUAUAGUUACAGGCGGAACCAUGAAUUGCUCUUCCACUAGAUCAGUGAUUCUCAAAGUGUGGUACAGUAUCACUACCACCAGUGGUACGUGGACUCCCUCGAGUGUGAAGUGAAAGAAUCACUGAAUUAAAUGUUCAAAAUGUGCAUAAUAUUAGAGUGGGUUAAACGUUCUCUUUAAAAUCCUGUACAGUACAAUUCAGUUGUAUUUAACUUUUAACUGCACUUACGCAAAUAUAACAGAAUUAAGUCAUGGAACGCACAUACUGAGUAUGUACUUGGGGUGAUAAUGAGACCAUCAUUUAUGUUUUGACAUUUUUGUUUGGUGUGCUGUGGGAAUUUUGUAAUGUAAAAUAUGUGCUUUGGCUCAAUAAAUGUUGGGAAAACACUGGUCUUAAGUAUGGCAUUCCUACAUAAGCAUUGUAUUGCAGCUUGACACAUUGGAGUUAAUAUUAUCUGAGUGGUAUUAUUGCUGUUGAUUAAAGCCAUCAGUGUUGACAUUUCAGUUCAACUUUAUCUGCUGGCGCUAAAUGCUCCUGCUUUGACUCUUAACAUUUCGCCUAUAAUGUGUUUGCUGUGGUGGUUUAGUGGAGCAGGCUAAGGGAAGAGGUCGAGAAGUACAAAGGUUGAAUUGUGGAGUCAAGGAACUGAACAGCACACAAGUGGUGCACCGAGCUACGAGAGUGUUCAAGACGAAACCCCUUAGAAGUGGAGAAAUCACUGACUCGGGCAGCUCCGGGAAAACUGCCAGAAAUGGUUAAAAUAAUCUUUUGCUAAACCUCACAGUUGUUAUUUUUUUCUAGUGUCAAGAGUGUUUACAAUUCUGAAUUUAUUUAUGUUGAGGGGGCAGUCGUUUGUAAUGUAGAGGUAGCAACACUUACCUAAUGUUCACUUUCUACUUCAAUAAAAAAAAAAAAAAAAAGCCCAAGAAAGCCAUUAAGAACAAUUCAUGGUUAAAAGUCCUUAUAGUUUUUGGGGGGGAUUAUUACUCGGACUAUCUUUGAUGUGGACCACUGCAGGGGAAUCUGGAAAUGAUGAGGUCAUGUUGUGUUCCAUCUGUGGCGUGGGAAAGUGAACUGCAAACUGAGGUCUCAUCACGGACUUUCACAGGAGACAACACUCACUGUCUCACUCCCGAAUUCCUUCACUAAGCUUCACUAAUCAUUUUGACACAUCAUCUUUUAAUUCAGUCAGUCGUACUUCUGUUACAGCUGAAAUAGUCCUGUGAUGACACAUGUGGUUUUAAGAUUAUGCAUCAGGUUAAAUUAGAAGAGACUUGGUUUGUCUCUGAGUUGAAUGAAGUACCCCCUUGCGUUUAGCGGAGAGGGUUAGCAGUCUUCACAGGAGUGGUCAGUCAGCCGGGAUAGGCUCCAGCAGCCCGCGACCCUAGUGAGGAUGAGCGGUAAAGAAAAUGGAGGGAUGUUUCUUUGUUCCAGCUGUGUGUUGCAUCAUUGCACAGCUUUAUGUGCAGCCCAGCUGUGAUCAACUAUUAUUUCACAAGGAUGAGAUCAACAUUGGCCUCUUUUACAGAAAGACUUCACUAGAUUUUCUGGCAUUUUUAAGAGAAAGGGUGAGGCAUCCACUUAGAUACCAGUAAAUACUAUUCGGAAAAAUACAGAAGUAAUAUUUUUCCCAUUACUACUUACAGUCAGGUCCAUAACUAUUGGCACAUUGACAUAAUUGUCAUCUUCUUGGCUCUAAAAAACACCACAAUGCAUUUGAAAUGAAACAAACAAGAUAUACUUUAACUGUAGAGUUUCACCUUGAACAGUGUCGGAAUGAUAACAGUUUAGAAUUGUGCCUACCACUUUUUAAGGGACCAAAAGUAAUGGGACAGCUGCUCAGCUGUUCCAUGACGCGAUGAUCAUGGAUGGCUACCAAUGGAACUGGUUCCCUUUUAUUUAUUGAUGAUGUGACUGCUGUCAAAAGCAUCAGGAUGAAUUCGGAAGUGCUGCGGGCAAUAUCUGUGCAUUUUCAGCCAAAUGCUUCAGAUCCCAUUGGACGGUAUUAACAGUGCAGAUGGACAAUGACUCAAAGCAUACUGCGAAAGUGUUUUUAAGGCAAAGAAGUGGAAUUUCAUGGAAUGGUUAAGUUAAUCACCUGACCUGUAUCCUAUUGAGCAUGCAUUUGACUUGAUGAAGACAAAAUCAAGUAGAACAGUGUCGCUCUUCAUGAUGCAGAGGUCACUCACCAGGCUAGCACCCAACUACCCCACAUACAAAGUCACAAAUAUUCUAGUGUGGAACAUGAGGAUGGCGACCCCAAAUGGACCAUAGGUGUGAAUGAGAGUGUGAAUUGCUUGACCUGACCUUCUUGUCCAAAGGCAGCUGGGAUAGGCCUCUGCUCACCCGUGAUCUUAAUGAGGAUAAACUGGAUAGAAGACGGACGCCAUAACUGAAAUAAAGUUGUUACUGUUGCAUAAUUGCAGUUACAAUUGCCUUUUCUCUGCUGUGGAGCGACAAGGCCGAGACAUUGAAAGUGGGGCUGCGGUCUGCUGUUCCGUGUGGUCUGGCAAGCAGCAGCGAGCAUCAUGACGUUGUCAUUCAAAAAGGACAUGGACAAGUACAAGGAUCUGGAUGAAGAUGAGAUCCUUAACAGUCUGUCGGCGGAUGAGCUCAAACAGCUGGAGACAGCCCUGGAGGAUAUGGACCCAGAGAAUGCUCUUCUUCCGGCGGGUUUGCGUCAGAAGAACCAAACGACAAAACAAGACACAGGAACCUUUGACAGAGAGCGGCUCCUCAAAUACCUGGAGAAGGAAGCCGUCGAGCAUAAGGACAGAGAGGACAUUGUACCGUUCACUGGAGAGAAGAAAGGCAAAGUAUUUAUUCCUAAACAGAAGCCAAUAGAAACACAACAGGAAAAUGUCACAAAGCUUGACCCGGAAUUGGAGGAAGCCCUGUGCAGUGCCACAGAUACAGAACUCUGUGAUCUUGCAGCAAUCCUGGGUGUUCACACGCUUGUAACCAGCAAUCAGAUGUACGAUGGAACUGGAGCGAAAGAGAGCUACAACAAUGUGGUUAAAGGGGAGAAGAUGAACCCUGUGUUUGACGAGCCACCCAAUCCCACAAAUGUAGAAGAAACGCUGAACAGGAUCAAGAGCAACGAUGCCUCCCUAACCGAGGUCAACCUGAACAACAUUAAGAACAUCCCCGUCCCCACUCUCAAAGACUUUGCCAAAGCCAUGGAGAAAAACACACACGUAAACAAGUUCAGCAUGGCAGCCACACGGAGUAACGACCCCAUUGCAGUGGCGUUCAGCGAAACGCUGAGGGAGAACAAGACGCUGCGCAGUUUGAACUUGGAGUCCAACUUCAUCACCGGUGCUGGAAUGCAGUCGCUGAUUGACGCACUGCGAGACAAUGACACACUCACAGAGAUCAAAAUAGACAACCAGAGGCAACAGCUGGGUACCAAUGUAGAGAUGGAAAUAGCUAAAAUGUUGGAGGAGAACAACAGCAUCGUAAAGUUCGGCUACCACUUCACCAAGCAAGGACCGCGCUCUCGAGCUGCCGCCGCCAUCACAAAGAACAAUGACCUGGUCCGCAGGAGGCGAGUGGAAGGGGACCAGUAGAGGCGGAGUCCCGUCCAUAUCCCAGCCAAUCAUGUCGCUUCAUCUCGCCAUGUGGAAUCAUUUCCACCAAUGCCCUGAUCUCAUCUCAACGUGUGGAACAAGUCUUGUGCCAAACUGUGGGGCAAGGCGCACUCAGCAAGAACGUACAUCUGAGACGAAGAGAAAUAACUGGAAUGAAACGCCCCUCUCUCCCAUAUAUACGUUUAUUAUGAUGAUGAUGAUGAUGAUUAUUAUUAUUAUUAUGCUGUCAUUGAAGGUGGAAAUCAAAUUAGUUUUAAAGUCUUUCCAUUUCAGCUGCUCCCUGGUUUCAGCCUUGAACCAAUCUGUCCUGACCUUUUACUUUUUUUCUUUUAUACUGAUGGAACAUAAAUAAUUGUUAAUAUUGCAUAGCAGAGUAGAACUAACCAUUUAACAUUCAGGAUCACCUCAUGGAACACCAGGGUCACACCGGCCACGCACAGAGCAGGUCUGCCGUACCUUUAAAAAAAAAAAAAAAAAAAAAAAAAACCCUCCAUAGCUCUUAAAUAUCCACGCGGCUCCCUGUCUCUAUGUACCAACUUUGUAAUAAUCGCAAGUGAAGGCACAUGUUGGCUGCGUUUGUUGUAUUUUUUUUUUUAAUUGACGCUAUCUUGUAAAACCUCACAACGGCUGCGUGUUCCGAUUCAUUACGAGCAAAGCAUGUUGCGUGAAGUCAGUGCUGAUGAUGUGCUGCUGUCAGCCUAAUAAAUGCUGACUCGCCCCUUCUAGUUCAAUACUGUAUCCACUCGAAAGUACCACUGCAUCGUGUUUUAGAUUUCGCCAUGCUUGUAUUUUAACUGAUUUGUUUCCCCGACCUCCUGUAACAAAUGGCGAGCCUAACUCUACUGAGUAAACGUUGAAUGGAACUAUAAAGUAAACGGGAUAUUCAUGUCAUUCAGUAGUGAAGAGGUUUAACAGACGAAGCCAUAAAUGUGUUCUGUGAUGUUAAACCAUGCCAAAGACCAAGACAUGCAUCGUUUUGGACCUCGUGUUUAUAUUGGACUAGGUUUUGGCUUAAAUGGUCACUUCCUCAUAGUGUCAUUUGUUAAACAUUCCUUGUGCUUGCCUUUUUUUUUUCUUCAGUAUUGCGUUGUUAUUCUUUUGGGAGGUAUAAUUUAUAGGUAAAACAGUCAAUAUGAAGUGACACAACAAAGGAAGCACGUUAAAUGUGUAUGUACAUGAAAGAGUGUGUUUCCCCACUAUUCCUGAGAAAAGGGUCACCAACCUCUUUAACACUUAGCGCUACUUCUUGGGUACUGAUUAAUGAUGAGUGCAAAGGGCUUAUUGUGAUACACACUUCUGAAAUAACACAUUUGCUCAAAUUACCUUUAUUUGUUAUCAUGUGAAGACCGAUCAUUUUAAUGGUUCGUCACUGUAAUUAUCAAGAAUGAUCGAGCAAGGUAGGAAAAGGGGAAAUAUUGAAAUGCAACACUUAAGUCAAAAGCGACGAGAGAACAAUGGGCACAACGACAGCCAUAUCAACAACAGUAAUAGUCCCAUUACUAUAAAUUUGUUGGUGACCCCUGCCCUUAAAAAUACACAAUUGACACCUCCCCAGUAAAGGUUUACAAUUGCCUACAGCUGCCACCCGAGGGCUGCAAAGCACUACUGUGUUAAUGAACCUCCUCGACUCACUUCAACAUAGUUUUUCUGCAGCAAGAUUGGUCUGAGCACGAAAGCCACGGUUAAACUGUCUUUGUGGCACAGGUUCACUUUUCUGGCAUGACAUCUUGUUCAAGCGGUCCUAUUGAGCGCGAUCUAUUUUAACUUCAAAUAGCACAUUCCUUUGACGUGAUCGAUAUCUGAGCCGUGUGUGUUGGGUUCUUUGCACGCGCGCUUCAUCCACGCUCACGUCCUCUUUUGUCUUUUCACUUCAUUCACAGAGCGGACAGCUCACGUGCAGCUUCUUUGGUGGGAUUUGUCGAUUAUCUGUGACUGGUGUGUAUGAAUUGUAAAAUGGCAUCUCAAAUGCAAGGUGUGUACAGCACAGCUUUGCACAACUACUGUGGCAAAUAUUUUUUUUUUGUACAUUAUGUUAAAAUAGGUGCCCACUCAACAUUAAGACAGAAAAAAAAAAAGAUUGGUGAAACGCACUGCUGAAUAUAUGAUAUCUUCAACAAUAAAUGUUUUUACACUCAA